AUGAGGAUAUUUAGAUAUCAUACAUUUCCAUUCUUAUUCUUCAUUUCAGGCAAAUUCUGGCAUGACACAAUCAAAAAAGGAACAUUCGCAAUUACAAAAGAAAUAGCUACCCUGAUCUAUGUUAAAAUUCCAUUCCUUGCUUCAAUCAAGAAGGAUAAACCAGUAUUAUUCACACUUCUCUUAACGCCAUGCAGCUUCUUCCUCCUCCAUCUUAUACUCUGCCCAAUCUUCUCUCUCAAGAAAUACGAAGAAGUUCGUGAAGUCUUUGCAACAGGCAAUAUUAAGUUCAUUAUCUACGCACUUUACUGCAAUUUGCUUCUCAACUACUGCAAAGGUUUCAUAUUCAACGUUUCAAAGAAGACAUUUGGUACUUUCUACACUAAUUACGUCAACAUACUCGUUGAUGAUAAAUAUAUUCGAAUCUUUUUCAACGUUAUCCUCCAACUUUGCUACAUUCCAGCUGCUGCUAUGCUCUCUUAUCCAUCAGGAGUUAUCCAUUACAAUCAAACUAUCCCACAGUGCUGGACAUUCGCUUAUUACCAAGGAAUCAAGCAUAUUCCACUUACAAUUACAAUCGAACUUCUCAAGAUGAAGGUUGGACUUUGA